UGUAAAUAUGAUAAUUGGGAUUGUGAGUUUGAUAAUUCUGGUUGUGAGUUUCUUAAUGAUAGCUGUAAAUAUGAUAAUUGGGAUUGUGAGUUUGAUAAUUAUGGUUGUGAGUUUCUUAAUGAUAGCUGUCAAUAUGAUAAUUGGGAUUGUGAGUUUGAUAAUUCUGGUUGUGAGUUUCUUAAUGAUAGCUGUAAAUAUGAUAAUUGGGAUUGUGAGUUUAAUAAUUCUGGUUGUGAGUUUCUUAAUGAUAGCUGUAAAUAUGAUAAUGGGGAUUGUGAGUUUGAUAAUUAUGGUUGUGAGUUUCUUAAUGAUAGCUGUCAAUAUGAUAAUUGGGAUUGUGAGUUUGAUAAUUAUGGUUGUGAGUUUCUUAAUGAUAGCUGUCAAUAUGAUAAUUGGGAUUGUGAGUUUGAUAAUUCUGGUUGUGAG